CUUCACACCAAUAAUUCGCAACCCUCGGAAUUGUCAAAAUCGCGAUAAGAAAAUAUUGCAGAAUGUUUUAUUUUAUUUGAUUAUUAUCAAAGUUUUGCGAUAAUCACAAACCCGGCAUAUAGUUUGAAAUUUUUACAAACUUUUUAAGUGCUUUAAUACAUUUUACUGAAGCGGUAGUGCCGUGUUAUAAAUGACUAGAAAUAUGCGCGAAUAUUCAGGACUUUAUUUAAAAUUUACGGUUUAAAAUCCACUAUUAUGUCUUUUACGCCGUGUAUCGUGUCUCCCUUAUAACAUAUAAUCAACACUUUCAAUUAUAAUAUCAAAUUGUGUUCAUUUAAUAUUUAGUGUCCUUGUAAACUGCAAUCCUCUCAGGGCGUAACCUGUCGUUCUACGGGGUGAAGGCUGUGCAAAAAUGAUAUUUUUUAACCUUUUCUGAAACGUAGUGCAUCUCAUUUUUGUGAAAAAUGGCUGAGGACGAGGUACUUUUCGACGAAGUAUACGAACUUUGUGAAAUUAUCGGCAAGGGCCCUUUCAGUUUGGUCCGUCGCUGCGUGCACCGUCAAACGGGUCAACAGUUCGCGGUCAAAAUUGUAGAUGUCGCCCGAUUUACUGCCAGUCCUGGACUCAGCACCGCUGACCUCAAACGCGAGGCCACAAUAUGCCACAUGCUGAAACAUCCACACAUCGUGGAGCUCUUGGAGACGUACAGCUCCGAGGGAAUGCUCUAUAUGGUUUUUGAAUAUAUGGAUGGAUCUGAUCUCUGCUUCGAGGUGGUGCGCAGAGCUAGCGCCGGCUUCGUGUACAGUGAGGCUGUUGCUUGCCACUACAUGCGUCAGAUCCUCGAGGCGCUGCGCUACUGCCACGAGAACGACAUCGUGCACCGCGACGUGCGGCCGCACUGCGUGCUGCUGGCGGGGCGCGACAACUGCGCGCCCGUGAAGCUCGGCGGCUUCGGCGUCGCCGCGCAGCUGCCGCACGCCGCCGAGCACCAAGCGCCGCCUGGUCGUAUCGGAACACCGCACUACAUGGCGCCCGAGGUGGUGUCGAGCCAGCUGUACGGCAAGCCGGUGGACGUGUGGGCCGCGGGCAUUCUGCUGCACGUGCUGCUAGUCGGCUACUUGCCGUUCACUGGCACGAGGGAGAGGCUGUUUGAAGCUAUAUGCAGGGGAAGAUUGCGGUUUGACGCCCCCCUUUGGGAUGACAUCAGCGACUCCGCUAAAGAUUUGGUCCAGCGAAUGCUGACAGUGGACCAUACACAGAGAAUAACCAUCCAGGACGUGCUCAACCACAGGUGGAUAAGAGACCGCGACAAGCAAAACCGUAUCCACCUCGCCGGCACCGUGGACGAGUUGAAGAAGUUCAACAGCCGGCGCCGCCUGCGGGCCGCCACGCUGGCGGCGGCCGCGGCCGACGACGAAGAGGACGACGAACAGCCCGCCAGCAAGCAGGCCGUGCUCGAGGAGGCCAACGCGGCUGCUGUCAAUCUCGUGGUGGAAUCGCUGGACGACGUCGCGGUGUUGCAGGACGGGCCCGGGUUCGUUGACCCCGACCUGUUUCACAGCGUGCUGGACGACCUGCAGCUACGAGCGUUGCUCGAGGUGUACGACCGCAUCGCGUGCACGGUGGUGGUGAGCUCGGGGCGCGCGCCGGCGGCGGAGGGCCGGCAGCGCUGCCGCCAGGCGCUGGACGCGGCCGCGCGGCCCCGCCACAACCCCGCCGGGCCCGCCGCCGCCUCCGUCACCACCGCCGCCGCCAUCCACGACCUCCGCCGGGCGCUGGCGCUGCCGCAUAUCAAGGCCCUACUGCAGGCCCACGAUGUGGUGGCGCGCGAGGUGUACGGCGAGGAGUCUCUGCGCGCCUCGCCGCCGCCGGUCAACGGGCGCACCACGGCGCCGCCGCCCGAGGACGACGAGGACACCGAGCCCGAGUUCGAGAACGUGACCAGGGUGCGCCUCGUGCAGUUCCAGAAGAACACUGACGAGCCUAUGGGCAUAACCCUGAAGCUAGCUGACGACGGAAGAUGCAUCGUGGCUCGGAUCAUGCACGGGGGCAUGAUCCACCGACAGGCCACGUUGCACGUCGGCGACGAGAUCAGGGAGAUCAACGGCACGCCUGUAGCCAACCAGUCCGUCGCACAACUUCAAAGGAUGCUGCGCGAGGCUCGUGGGUCAGUGACAUUCAAAAUAGUGCCGUCGUACCGCUCGGCACCACCGCCCUGUGAGCUCUUCCGGAUUAAGCCUUCGCCCGUACUAAUAUUUGUAAGAGCACAGUUUGACUACGAUCCCUUGGAGGACGAAUUGAUUCCAUGUGCUCAAGCUGGUAUUGCAUUUACUACAGGAGAUAUACUACAGAUCAUAAGCAAAGACGAUACCCACUGGUGGCAAGCUCGCAAGGACGCGGCGGGCGGCUCGGCCGGGCUCAUACCGAGCCCGGAACUACAGGAGUGGAGAGCCGCGUGCGCCGCCUCCGAACGAUCUAACACCGACCAAGGAACCGAGGGCUGCGUGUCUCAUACUGAUGGCUGUGAUAACACAGUGAAUUGUUCUAUAUUCGGACGCAAGAAGAAACAGUCCAAAGACAAGUACCUCGCCAAACACAACGCCGUGUUCGACCAGCUCGACGUCGUCACCUACGAAGAAGUCGUCAAGUUACCAUCUUUCCAAAGGAAGACUAUUGUGCUGUUGGGCGCGCAUGGCGUGGGUCGGCGUCACAUCAAGAACACUCUGAUCGCGCGCCACCCGGACCAAUACGCAUAUCCCAUUCCACACACCACCCGGCCGCCAAGGGCGGAUGAAGAAAACGGCAGACACUAUUAUUUCGUUACGCAUGAAGAAAUGAUGGCUGAUAUCGGGGCCAACGAAUACCUAGAAUACGGCACUCACGAGGAUGCGAUGUACGGCACGAAGAUAGAGACGAUCCGUCGCAUCCACUCGGAGCGGCGAAUAGCGAUUCUGGACGUGGAGCCGCAGGCGCUGAAGAUCCUACGCACGGCCGAGUUCGCGCCCUACGUGGUGUUCAUCGCCGCGCCGCCGCUCAACAACGUGGCCGACUACGACGGUUCGCUGGAGGUGCUGGUGCGCGAGUCGGAGCAGCUGCGGCGCACGUACGGGCACUACUUCGACAUGAGCAUCGUUAACAACGACAUCGACGACACGCUCGCGCAGCUCGAGGCCGCGCUGGCGCGCCUGCGCUCCACCCCGCAGUGGGUGCCCGUCUCCUGGGUCUACUGACACGCAGACUCCUACUACCUUUAAACGAACUAACCAAUCAUUCGAACCGGCGACACUUUUUUUCUCAGACAAGUUCGACUUUGUUUCGGGAGUUAAUGUUUAAAUUUUACGCAAAAAGUUAACUCUUUAUGCACUCUAAGCAGUAUUUUAGUAUGUAUUCACUCAACGUUACGUGCGUCGCUCGAGUUGUGUAUAAUGUUUUCUUAGAAUCAUUGACAUAAUGUGUCGACCUACGAAAUUUCAGAUAAAACACCUCUAUCUGCAAUGCGUGAUCGUUUUCUUAGCGUUAACACAGAUGCUUCGAAAGCCAUUACGCUAGUAUUGCACUAACACUACACUCACGAUACCUAAAAAUUCUAAUAGCUUCCCAGAGUAAGAUAUUUUAUGUUUUUAUUUAGUGUUCCCAAUUUCGUAGACGAUGCGUCUGAGUUAACUGAAUUUGUAUAAGUUAUUGCGAACAUUUUUUAAUACAUAUUUAUAGUAUACACAUUUCUUAUAAAUGAUUAUAAUGUCCGCGUCUCCUUCGAGCACAAGAAGUUAAGGUAUAGGUAUAGAUAUGUUUCAAAUGUUUACACGAAAUUUAUCUUCUUGUAUCUCUGGAAACGCGGCUUAAAUCGAUGUACCUUUUUAACAUUUUAUUAAACAGUUUUCACUGUAUAAGUACAUACUCUACACGUUUAUGAAAUUAUAAUAAAAAUAUGUACCCUUAAUACACGUUUUGGAUGAAAAGCAAAGGUUUCGUAAAAAAAAAAGAAUGUGGUUAAAUUGCGUCAUUUAAUGAUGACAAAGAUUCAUUGAUUGUAUAAGAUUUGUAGAGUGUAAGGAAAAAUCCAGCCCCCGAGUUUGACAGCUCAAGAAGUUGGCGCUGGACGUCGCCAUGUUUCGUGAUAACUAAAUAGUCAAACCAAAGUUACCGCAUACUGUGCGAAUCCGUACAGCGCCAUCUACUGUCAAACAGUCAAAUUCUAAGCACGAAUUUGUCUUAGAGUUCACACAUCUAGUACAAUCCAUGAUUCUUUAAUAAUAACAACACUAUCUCCAAGUACUUAUUGAUUGCGAUAAUCUCUACAUUGUUCCUUUCUCUCUUUAAUCAGUGACAAAUAGAUAUCAUUAAUUAAGUUUCCAAGUACAAGGAUCUUGAAUCUACUAAAGCUUGCAUGGUAUUUGGUGCAUGACCGCUCAAUUUCACUAUUAUGUGCCAAAUGUGUGACUGCAUACCAAAUCCCACGAUAAUAACGAUUUUAGACACUUGCACAUUAACAACAUGAAUUUUGGAUCAAUUGUACAUAAAUAUACAUUAGUAAGUAAUUAAAAACUAAUCGUCUAGAAAAUUAAAGUAGCUCAACAAAUGCAUAGGUACAUUAAUAAUUAUCUUUAAGAUCUAUUCGGCUAUCUUAGAUACUAUUUACCUACCGAUAAAGCGCUUUUUUCGCUCUAGGUACACAAUGUUGAAAAUAUAAAAAAGUACUUAUUGACUAAAUCUGUCUUUAUGAUAGGUUGACACAUUUGGAGCAAAAAAUCCUAAUGAGCAACUUGAAAUCUAAUUUUCACUUCAAGCAACCGGUAACUGAAAUCAAUUGGCGUGCAGUUGAGUUGUACCGUUGUGUACUUAAGGCGAAGAGUGGCCAAUCACAUCACAUAAUUAGAAUUCACAGGGUUCCAUGUACCAGUAUGUUUAAGUGUCAAAAUGAUCGUCUUUCUUGUAUUUUAGGGCCAAAAUACAAUUACUCAAUACGACAUAUUAUCGCAUAGGUAAUCGUAUUUCAGCUCUAAGGGCAACUCCUUCGCUACGUAUAUGUAUUAUUAACAUAUAGAUAGUAUACUUUCUUAUUUAGCACACAUCAUACAGUUAUCAGCGCAAAUCAUCCUCAUGUAACUCCUAAAAGUUGGU